CCAGUGCUUGACAACUCUUUCUGUGAAGAAAGUUUUCCAAACUAAACCUUCCCUGGUGCAACUUAGGCUGUGUCCUCUCAUCCUAUAGCUUGUUACUUGAGAGAUGAGACCGCCCCCCACCUUGCUACAACCUCCUUUCAGGUAGUUGUAGUAACCAGAGUUCUCUGCUCAGCCUCCUUUCCAGGCUAAACAACCACAGCCCCCUCAGCUGCUCCUUAUAAGAUUUGUGCUCCAGACCCUUCACCAGCUUUGUUGCUCUUUGGAUGCUCUCCAGCACCUCAGUGUCUUUCUUGUAUGUUAUGCCCAUCUCACCUAUGAAAUUUCUAGCUCAUGAAAAGUAUUGCAGAUCACAUGUUUGGCCUCUUUAUCUUAUGGUGACAGUUACAUGCUUUCAGAUUUUUUUGGAAAGAGCAUUUUGACAGUUGCCUGUAUUGAAAAUGUUACUUUACACCAUUUAAAAUCAGUGUCUUUUUAGAUAUUUUUAGAAACAGGUCAGACAGAUUUGUGAUGCUUUUUCAGAAAAAUUAUGAAUAUAUAAUAUGUGUUGUGCGAAACACAGAGAAAAUGGGAUGACCUCUUUGGCAAUAUCCAGCUUGGAAACUUGUGCUUUAAUGUGAGGUUUAUAAUUUCCUUUGGUAUGAAUGUUCCAUAAAGAAAAGUAAGCUCUUUGUCUUCAUAAACACAUUAAGAAAAGCUUGCCUGGAAUCAAGGUAAUUUCAGAUAAAUUACACCUCUUGGAGUCUGUUCGCUCCUCUGCUGGAAAAAUAUAUAGGUGUAAUCUGUCAAGUACUGUGUUUCUUUUAUAUUAAACAGAACUAGGCCUGCUGGGUGGUAAGUGGGAGGCUUAGAGUGGACAGGGUGAGAUUUAUUAUUUCUUUUAGACUGAUGGUUGUUGCUGUGUUUAAUUCAACAUUCUUGAAUUUUCCAAAGACUUCACAUUUUACUGGAACCAGUAGAAGAUGGUGGAAGUUGUGGGUUUUCUACACUUCUAGGAAAUCAGGCCUUCAGUCUCAAGCUAGCACUUAUUAGUAUUUCUGAAUCUAGUUUUAAUUUUUUAUUAAGUCAGAAAUUAGUAAAAAUUUGUUCUAUAGCUGACCAGUAAAAUGCAGUAAUAAAGUAUUUGCUAACUACCUUGCUGGUGUUAAUAUCCCCCACUGGAGAGUUGAGAUUUUUUUCUUUGUUUUCUUUAUUUUUUUAUAGGGCUGCCUUCCAGUUACAGGUUUCAAGAGUUAUCUGCUUUCCAGAUCUGAAUGGAAUUCUUCUGCAUCAGGACAGUUGUCCCUUGCUGUUGUGCUUGAAGAGGUGACCAUUUGCUAAAAGUAUAUACUGUUUCUUAGAAGUCCGUGUGUUGUGGAGUUGUGCUGGAUUUUGGAGAUUUGUGUUCCUGAGUUGUUUGGCUACUUCUGUUUAUUCCUUCCACUGUCAAAGAAUGCAACAAAGUUCUGUCUACACAGAAAGGAAAUGCUACAAAUAAUCCAGCCUGUUGACAGGAAGAUCAGUAAGUGGGAAAUAUGUGAUGAGAUGUUAGGCUCAAUAAAACUAUGAAAUGAAGUGAGAAGGGUUUUGCUUUGUUUUCUUCUCUAUUCUAGGGAGGGGUUUUUUUGGAGGAGAGGCUAGUUUCUGUCUGUUGAUAAACCUUCUAAAAUUGAAAAAGUAGAAGGAACUGGUAACAGUCAGUAAAGUUGUAAGGGAACACUCUCGGGAACUUGGAUGUCAUAAUAGUCUGGAUCAGAGUAAACAAUCUCCAGCAUGGCCAAUUCCCGUAGGUAUUGGAUGCCUUCUUCCGCAGUCCUCCACCUUCUUGAAGAGCUCGCCAGGGACUCCUUAAAUGGGUAUCUCGCCCUCACAGCAUGGAGGAUUCGGAGCCAAAGACUAGACGCCAUUUUCUCCCUUCCCAUUUCUUGUUCUAUCACGGAGUCUCUGGCAAUGGAUCCCAGUUGCCGUGCUUCUUCACCUUCAAUCAUGUGACUAUCAGCUCCCUUGUCCCAACAUCGCACCAGCCAGAAUCUUUUCCACCUCCCUCUUUACUCUUCUGCUCUUACGUGGAACCACUUCCACCUCCUCUCUGUAUCUCUCAUGUGGAGGUGGAGACUGGGCAUGCCAUGGGGAUGAGCUUCUGUGUCGUUCACGGCGUGGAGAUGGACUUCUAUGCCGUUCAUGCCGCGGAGAUGGACUUCUACGCAGUUCAUACCAUGGGGAUGGACUCCUAUGUUGUUCACGCCACGGAGAUGAACUUCUACGUCGUUCACGCCAUGGGGAUGAACUUCUACAUCGUUCACGCCAUGGGGAUGGACUCCUACGUCGUUCGCGAUACCCAGCGGCUGGAGGUAGCGAAUAGUCUUUUGAGUGCCGAGAUAAGGGCCUCAUCCAAUCAUCCAUGCCUCCAAGAGAAGGUUGGGUCCGGAGGGGUAGGGAUAAUUCUUCCUCAGGUUGAGGGGAAUGCUUUGGCCCCCUCUUUGUGUCUUUCAUAACACUGAAUGUGUAGUCAGGAUAUAAAUCCUCAAGUGGUAAUAUAUCAUGGGUCAUUUGUACUAUUGCCUUCUUUUCUCUUGAUACUGCUCUACUUUCCUUUGGAUGCGCCCCUAGUUUUUUUGGGCGCGCUCCUUCUCUUGCAACCAUCUCUUCCUCUCUGGCAGCUGCUUCUUCUCUUGCAAUCGCUCCUUCCUCAGUCACAGCCACUUCUUCCUCUCUCGCAGUCGCGCCUUCGUCCAUUACUGUCGCUCUUUCCUUGCUUGUAGCCGCUCCUUCGUCCAUUGCUGCCGUUCCUUCGUCCAUUGCUGCUGCUCCUUCGUCUAUUGCUGCCGCUCCUUCACCUACUACU